AUACAAAAAUAUCAGAUAAAUUAAAUUCAUGUAACUAACCACACCUCACACACACCCACACACAAUGGCACACUCCAUCCAUGAAGAAACUGAAACCACCACCGCCACCCCACUCCUCCGCCGCAAUUGGUGGUGGUUCCAAGUCCCCUCCACCAUCAAGCUCAAAACUAGCCUCUCCUCAGAGCUCUCCGGCGCCGUCGGAGAUCUCGGAACCUACAUCCCCAUCGUACUAGCACUCUCACUAGUCAACAGUCUUGACCUCACCACCACCCUCGUCUUCACCGCUCUCUACAACAUCGCCACCGGCCUCCUCUUCGGCCUCCCUAUGCCCGUCCAGCCUAUGAAGUCCAUCGCCGCCGUCGCCAUCUCCGAAUCCCCUCCUCUCUCCAUCCCUCAGAUCUCCGCCGCCGGACUCUCCGUCGCCGCCGUCCUCCUCUUCCUCGGCGCCACCGGCCUCAUGUCCUUCCUCUACCGCUACCUCCCUCUACCCGUCGUUCGCGGCGUCCAGCUCUCCCAAGGACUCUCCUUCGCCAUGUCCGCCAUCAAGUACAUCCGCUACCAGCAGGACCUUGCCACGCAAACUUCAGGAGCAGCGAGGUCCUGGCUUGCUCUCGACGGCCUCCUGGUCGCCCUCGCCGCCACCCUGUUUUUAAUUCUAACAACAGGUGCUGGCGUGGACGACCAUAGCGCCGCCGAGAACACGCAAAGAGAAGAGUCGGAUGAAACCGACUCUCUCAAUAAAACAUCGCAAUCAAGAAUUAGUAGGAGAAUCAGAUUCCUAUCAAACAUUCCCUCCGCUUUGUUAGUGUUCUUGUUUGGCCUUGUUAUUUGUUUCAUUUCUGACCCUUCAAUCUUCGGCGAUCUGAAAUUUGGACCGUCGAAGAUCGCCUUGAUCAAGAUCACGUGGGAUGAUCUCAAGAUUGGAUUCUUUCGGGCAGCAAUCCCGCAAAUUCCGUUAUCCGUUUUGAAUUCCGUUAUUGCGGUUUGUAAGCUGUCUGGGGAUUUGUUCCCUGGAAAGGGAGAAGCUUCGGUUAUGAAAGUUUCGGUUAGUGUUGGUUUGAUGAACUUUGUUGGGUGUUGGUUCGGAGCCAUGCCAUGUUGCCACGGAGCUGGUGGUUUGGCUGGGCAAUACAGGUUCGGAGGUAGGAGUGGAGCUUCGGUGGUUUUUCUGGGGUUGGCAAAAUUGAUUCUUGCAUUGGUUUUUGGGAACUCGUUUGGGAGAAUCUUGGGACAGUUUCCGAUUGGGAUUCUUGGGGUUUUGUUGCUUUUUGCUGGGAUUGAAUUGGCUAUGGCUUCUAGAGAUAUGAACAGUAAAGAAGAGUCUUUUGUUAUGUUUGUUUGUGCUGCGGUUUCUCUUACUGGGAAUAGUGCUGCUUUAGGGUUCAUUGUUGGGAUUGUGCUUUAUUUGUUACUUAAAUUCAGGGAACUUGAUUGUGGUGCUUGUUUUGGGUUUACUACUAGGAAGGUUAAGGAUGAGGAAGCUAGUUUAAUUGGUAAUUAACAACAUGAUUAAGAUUAAGAUUAAGAGAAGGUGAUGGUGAUGUGAAGAUGUGAUCAAUAAAUUUGUGAUCUUGUGGGAAAUUCUCACUUGGGUAUGUGAGAAUCUAUGUGCCUUUUUUUUUCUCAUCGCCUUCUCAUAGAAAGGACUAAGUUUAUGUGAAUUUAUGUUGUUGGAAUGUUUGUGUUGUAACAUAAAUUGUAUUUAUAAGUAAUGGCGUUAUCUGCA